AUGCCAGCGCCACAAAAGUCCAGGGUGACAGGCAUAAAAAACGCCAAAGGCAAGCCGGGCAAGUCCAGGCUAGCCAAAGAGCAACAGCCCAAAGUCAUCGAAGAAAAGAGCUUGGAAACGAGAAUACCACCGGAGACGCAGCAACUGAUUCUCAACAUCUUCAGAAACUCGUUCAAGGAACGUUUGGAAAGCGAUAUCCAGCCCCUGCUACAGGAAGUUAAGGGUCACCUGUUUGAUCGCAAUUUCAAGGAGGCUUUCGGGAGAGAGGAUUACCUUGAAGCGUAUGCGGCGCGAUGGAGUCCGAGUCGAGCACUGGGGUAUCUGGGUGUGUUGUGGCGCAUGAGGGAGUCUUUGAACCUUAUGCAAACCACAGAAGACGAGUCCAGUGAGGCUGAAGGUAGUUCACGAAAGAGCUGGAAAGUUGUCUGUCUCGGCGGCGGUGCUGGUGCUGAAAUAGGAACUCUAGGCGGAUUACACAGGUUGCUGUCAGAUGAGCACAAAGAGCGAGGAGACGGCCAACCAAGGAGUAUGGAGGUCGUUGCCAUCGACAGUGCAGACUGGACCAAAGUAGUCGACCAGCUUACGCAGCACAUCACUGCACCACCUCCAUUAUCGAAAUACGCAUCCGCUGCUGUCAAGGCCGCAAACCGCCCACUUGCCGACCCGACCGCGUUCAGGACGACCUUCCACCAACACGACGUUCUGACUAUGGACCCCAAGACACUCGCAGCGGCUCUUGAGAGCGUGAACCUAGUCACUCUGAUGUUCACGCUCAACGAGCUCUACUCAGCCUCAAUAUCCCUAACCCAGCAAUUCUUGUUGCGUAUGACCGAGAGCCUGGAGCCUGGGGCGAUGCUGCUAGUCGUCGAUAGUCCAGGAAGUUACUCAACAGUCAGUCUCAACGGAGCCGACAAGACUUAUCCGAUGCAGUGGCUGUUGGAUCAUACGUUAUUGGUAGAUACUUCUGGCGGAAAGGCGAAAGAGGAGGUCCGGUUGUGGGAGAAGGUGCAAGAGGAUGAUAGUAGGUGGUUUAGGCUUGAUGAUCGGUUGGAGUAUCCAAUUGAGUUGGAGAACAUGCGGAUGCAGUUGCAUCUCUAUCAGCGCCUAUGAGUUGUCGAAGCUUGCCAGGCAAAAUCUUGGCCAUAAGCACGUCGAGUGUAGCCGCGUGGGCUCGGAAUUUAGCUAUCAGUACGUUGAUCUUACGCGAGCACCCGGAUUGGC